GUGAACAGUUUCAGAGCGCCUACCCACAGACUACAAGUCAAAUGCUGAGGCACGUAUCACUGUAAGUGGAAGUUCGCAGAGGAGUGCGCACUUCGGUAUUCACUCUGUGCUUUGAAAUAGCUACUUUUUGACUUCAGCGUGCUAUGCCUUCCGAAAUUUUGGUUGGAGAGGGGGAAGGACAGGAUGGAGAACAAGGCAACUGAUGUCUGUAUGGGCUGACGACAAGAGCGCGCUAUGGAGAUGACCGCUCGCCUUGCGCACUUGGACAACAAGGUGGAUGGCAGAAACUGUGAUGGUCUUGUCAACCACAACGGGGAAACGACGGAGAUAAGAGUUCCGCUGUCUCACACGGGGAAGAGACUCAGUCCGAUCGAGGGGGGAAAUCUUUACAGACUGCGUGACAGAAAGUUCCUUUUGGAGGACAAGAAGCGCCUCUGCUCGUGGGCACUGGGAACCGCGUUGUUAGGCAUUCUGCUGAUGGUAUUACAUGCUGAGCUGUGCCCAGUAGUGUAUCAACCAGGAUCCAUAUAUGCCCUCUCCAUAAAUGGUCUCAUCAGUUUCUCCACGGGGUGUUUGCUCAUUCUCAUCAUCGCCUUCCAUUAUAAAGACAUCGGACUUUUCAUCAUUGACCACAACCAGGUGGACUGGCGCAUUGCCAUGACCAGUAACCGGGUGCUUGGCAUCUCCCUGGAGCUCGUUGUCUGCGCUAUCCAUCCCGUGGCUAUCUACCUGAGGCCCGAUAUGGAGGACAGACUCGGGGGGAAGCCGGAGCAAAAUUCCUCCACCCCCCUCUGCUUGUCCUCCAGUCACAAAGAAGUCAUGCUGGAUGUGGAGCUGCUGCUGUCGGCCCUCAUGUUCCUCAGACUGUAUCUCGUGCACAGAGCCGUCCUGCUACACAGCAAGGUGCUCCUCAGCGCCUCGUACAGGAGCAUCGGCUCCCUCAACAACAUCAACUUCAGCUUCCGCUUUGUGCUCAAGGUGCUAAUGAACAAGUAUCCAGCCCGCACGCUGCUGGUCUUCAUUAUGUUCUUCUGGCUCUCCGCAGCUUGGAUGCUGCGACUGUGUGAAAGGCAGCAGCGGGUAGAGACAGGUGGCAUGGACACCGCACUGUGGCUCAUAGCCAUCACCUUCCUCACAGUGGGAUAUGGAGAUGUGUCCCCUCACACCAGCUGUGGCAAGGUGGUGUGUCUCUUCACAGGCGUCAUGGGUGUGGCAUGUACUGCUAUGUUGGUAGCCGUCAUGACUAAGAAAUUGGCGCUUAACAAAGGGGAGAAACAUGUGCAUUUCUUCAUGAUGGACAUCCAGAUCUCCAAGCGGAUCCGGCACGCAGCAGCCAAUGUGCUAAGAGAAUGUUGGCUGCUGCAUCACACCACCCAGACAAAAGACAACAGCGGAGAGCAUCGUCACCACCAGAGAUGCCUGCUGGAGGCCAUCCGUGUAUUUCGUCAUCUGCGAUUGAAGCAGAGGAAGUUAAGGGAUUUUGCCAGUGAGAUGGUGGAUCUCUCGAAGAUGCAGAUGAUCAUGUGUGAUCUGAGUGCAAACUGGAACAGCUCUUACCAUGAGCUUGAGCAGCGAAUCAUCUCUAUGGAGCAGAAGCUGGACGAGCUGGGACGCUCCUUCCAAAUCACCUCUGAGCUGCUCACACAGGCGCUACAUCGCCGCAGACUGGACCACAGGUAA